AAACAACAGGGCUGGUGCCCGGCGAAAACCCUAGCAGAGGAGGCGGCGGAGGCAGAGCAGGAGAGCGGCAGCUCGCGCGCGCGCGCCCCCAUUGCCGCCGCAGCAGGAGCCCGCCGAUUCCAAUCCAAGGAGGAGCUUUGAAGGUUUGUCAGGGCGGAGAAGAUGGUUCUCAAGACAGAGCUCUGCCGUUUCAGCGGUGCCAAGAUAUACCCAGGGAAGGGUAUCAGAUUCAUCCGCUCAGACUCUCAAGUCUUCCUUUUCUCCAACUCAAAGUGCAAGAGCUACUUCCACAACCGUCUCAAGCCAGCUAAACUCGCAUGGACGGCCAUGUACAGGAAGCAGCACAAGAAGGAUAUUCAUGCUGAGGCUUCAAAGAAGAGGCGCCGCACCACCAAGAGGCCGUAUUCCAGGUCAAUUGUAGGUGCUUCCCUUGAAGUUAUCCAGAAGAAGAGAGCUGAGAAGCCGGAGGUCCGUGAUGCAGCCAGGGAAGCAGCUCUGCGUGAGAUCAAGGAGCGGAUUAAGAAGACCAAGGAUGAGAAGCGAGCAAAGAAGGUGGAGGUGACAAAAUCCCAGAAGACCACCGGCAGAGGCAACGCCCCCAAACCUGGAAAGGCCCCCAAGCUUGGCGGUGGUGGCGGGAAGCGCUAGAUGGAGUCCCUUACGAUCAAUGUGAAAUUUUGAACCAGUUGCAUGAUGUCUUACCCCGUAUCUUUUAGGAAGUUUUUUGCUCAAACCAGCUGUUGCUGUCGGUAUGCAGCAUCUGGGUGCACAAACCAGUGGUGGAUCAGUGUGAAAGAUUGUUUUAUGUUUCUCAUCAAUGUGAGAUUGUUCUAUGCUUA